AUGGUCCCUGUCCCAGGCAUCGCCCCAGAGCGUCUGUUCAACCUCCUGAAGACGGGAUACAGGAUGGAGCGGCCAGAGAACUGCUCAGAGGAGAUGUACAGCCUGAUGCUCCGCUGCUGGAAACAGGAGUCCGACAAGAGGCCGACCUUCUGCGACAUCAGCAAAGAACUGGAAAAGAUGAUGGUGAAAAGUCGGGAUUACCUGGACCUGGCAGCCUCCACUCCGGCAGACGGGCUGCUGUACGACGACGCUCUCUCCGAAGAAGACACUCCGCUCGUGGACUGUAAUAACGCCCCUAUCCCUCGCUCCCUCCCCUCCACAUGGAUUGAAAACAAGCUCUAUGGCAUGUCUUACCCCAACUGGCCUGAGAAGAGCCCGCUGCCCCUCAGCAGACACGAUGCUUCUAAUCCCCUCUUUACAAGAUAUGCCAAUGAUAGUGUAUACGCAAACUGGAUGGCUUUGCCCUCACCCCCAAAAGCCCUGGAGACUCUCGAUAGCUAA